UCGUAGUCGAUAAUAUUCAUUGUUACGUGAGCAUGACAGAUUUUCUAACCUGAAUAAUCGUGAACUUUAACGAUUAAUAUCUCGGUUCGCAGGGCAGAUCGACGCUUAUUGUUGUCAGAUUCUUUCGUUUCGUGCAAAAACGCACCGAAUAAGUCUAAUUUCAUUAAUUUUUGAGAUGUCGGGAAACAAAUGUCGCAAUUGUGGAUCUACCAAUAUUGAAACUGAUCCUGGACGUGGAGAUGCAAUUUGUAUAGAAUGUGGUUUUGUAUUAGAAGAUUCAGUUAUUAUUAGUCAAACAACUUUUGAAGAAUCAUCCUCUGGUAAAGUAAGAGUACCUGGACAUUUUGUCGCUAAUGACAGCACAGGUAGUGCUACAAAUUUUGGUGCAUCCUAUUAUGUUAAUGGAAAAGAAUCUAGAAGAAUUACUUUACAAAAUGCACGGAAAGGUAUAACACAUCUUUGUUUGCAAUUAGGCUUAAAUCAAAAUUGCAUUGAGACAUCAGUGAACUUCUAUAAAAUGGCUUUGUGUUAUCAUUUGACUCGUGGAAGGAAACAAGCUCACAACCAGGCUGCUUGUGUAUAUAUUACUUGCCGUAUUGAAAAAACUGAACAUAUGCUCAUUGACAUUAGCGAUGUUCUUCAUAUUUGUGUUCACGAACUUGGACGGACAUAUCUGCGAUUUACUACAGCUCUACGAAUCCACAUACCGGCAAUGGAUCCUUGUUUAUACAUCAUGAGAUUUGCGCAUAAACUUGAAUUUGGUGAUAAAACUCACGCCGUAUCUAUGACAGCUUUAAGAGUUGUUCAAAGAAUGAAAAGGGAUAGUAUUCAUAGUGGCCGUAGGCCAUCAGGUCUAUGUGGCGCAGCUUUAUUAAUAGCUGCGCGAUUGCAUGAAUUUAGCAGAUCAACUGCUGAUAUUAUAAAAAUUGUUAAGGUACACGAAUCUACUCUACGUAAAAGAUUGCUGGAAUUUGGUGAUACACCAUCCAGUGCCUUAACAUUAGACGAAUUUAUGACAGUGGAUUUAGAAGAAGAACAGGAUCCUCCAGCAUUUAAAGCAGCACGUAAAAAAGAUAGAGAACGUUUACAAAAAUUAGAAAAUAUAGAUGUGGAAAUAAAUGAGCUGCAAGCAGAAAUUGAUAAACAAUUAGAAGAUUAUAGAGUAGGAAAAGUAAAAAAACGAAAGGAUGCUUCUUCUAUAGAGAAUGAGGAUGCAGAUAGAUUUAUUCGGGAAAGUAAUUUGAGCAUAAUCCAACAAUAUGUUGAGAAUAAUAUUGGUGAUUCUGAUGAGAAAAUUCAUGAUGUGAUUUUAAAUGAAAACAAUAGUACACUUAUAACUGGAUUAGGUCCGGACAUAGCAUCUAUGAUAUCAGGAAAUGAUCAUUCAAAAGAACUCAACGAGAAAGAUAAUAAUUUUGAAAAUUCUUCUGAAGAAAUUUACGCAAAUGAUAUCGAUGAUGAAGAAUUGGACAGUUACAUUCUUUCGGAAAAAGAAUCGCAAUCUAAAUCUGCUCUUUGGAAUAAAGUAAACGCUGAUUAUCUUGUUCAACAAAAAGAAAAGGAAGAAAAACGUUUGAAAGAAAAAGAAGAAGGUAAACCUGAAAAGAAAAGAAGAAGAACGACCAAAAAAUAUAAAACGCCUGCGAAUACUGCAGGCGAAGCAAUUGAAAAAAUGUUGCAAGAAAAAAAGAUAUCUUCCAAAAUCAAUUAUGAAGUGUUGAAAAAUUUAAAUAAUCAACAAAGCAAUGAAGAUUUACCUAUCACAAACACAUCGGAAUUGGACACAAUAAGUUUUAAAAAACCGAUAACAAUUAAUUCUACACUGAAGUCUGCAGAGGUUUUAUUAACAAAAAAAUAUCCUAUUAAACUAAAUAUCCCAAAAACAUCAUUGGAUAAAACAUUAGAUAAUGCAUACAGAAAAGAAGAUGAAGUUACAAAAAAAGAAAUCAGUUCACUGGAAAUGGAUACACCUAUAGUGGACACGUCCGAAAUAGUAUAUGAUGAUUAUCUUGAUGAAGAAGAAGCUGAUGCUGCGGAAAUGUCACUUGGACAGAUGCUCGAAUCUCGCGCAACAUUUGAGAGUGAAUUUUGUGAUGAUGGUUAUGAAUAUGAAUGA